CGCUUCCAAUCAGCAUGAAACAAGCCUAGGGUCUUCUUCUUCCUUUCUCUCUCUCUAACCUAAAACCCAUCUUCUUCCUUCUAGCAUUUCUCGUUGUUACAUCCAUUGGCGCCAUCGCCACCAUCAUGCCGCUCUGUCUCCCUCCGUUUCUCAAUCCGAUGUCGCCGCUAUACUUUAUUCUUCCGGUACAACCGGAUUGAGGAUCUACGAAUUCCCCAAAAAUCCUUGUUGAAUACAUGCCUCUCGAAUCAAAUCAGGUAGACGAGGACCUCGAGGUGAACCUAUUUCGCAUAUUAUAUCCUGUCCCUAUUCGUGUCAAUAAUACCUUCGGUGGUAGUUCUGUUGGUUCUGGCUCCGACGACUUCUAUCAGAGCCUAGAAGGAUUGCUUUGGUCUCAGUGUAUUAGUGAACUGUUUAUAGGCUUAUUACCUGUUAGCGGUUGCUUUUACCAUCAUUUACAAAAACUAAACAGCAUCCUUAGAACAUCUCAGUGUAGGUUGGAACUUACUGCUGCAGAAAAGGAUGGAUUUUUCUCUGAGAUAAAUAUGGCUAUUGCUGGGAACCAUGGACUAGAAGUGCAGUUCAUUGGACUCAGUUUCCUUGAGUCACUGGUGUCUGAAUUUUCUCCAUCAUGUUAUUGA